CAAAACGUGCGAUUUGUUUACAACGCGGACUGCAUUUGACUUGAAUAAUAUUAAUUUAAUAUAUAGCAAAAAUGGAGGAGGUUCUUGACACGAUGCAGCUGGAGAACAUGCAGUGCGAUGUGUGCGGGGAGAAGACCUUCCAGGAGCGCGAGGGCUUCUACUACUGCGUGGAAUGCGGCACUCAGAAGGAUCAGAUUCGAGCGGUGGACAUUACCGCCGAGGAGAACUUCAACGAGACCACCGCCGGAAAGUAUGCCUCCAGGACGAUCCGCCAGCCAAAGGAUGUGGCCAAGAAGGAGGAGGACAACGAACUGACCUCGUGGGAGUUCUACAACUACGUGUUGCGCGGCUUCCUCCAGGAGCUGCUCAACAUGGGCGCCAAGCCGGAGCUCAAGCUGAUGACCCUGCAGGUUUGGGCGGCCUACUUGGGCCGCAUGGAGGUGGCCUUCUGCCGGGGCAACAGGAUGGGGCAGCCCAAGCUGAAUGUGAGGGCACUGCUUAGAGAUGCCCGCAUCAUAUACAAAUACAAGCCGCCUAAGGUCAACAGAGGCAAAAGGAACCGCUUGUCAGGCGACCCAAAUGAUGAGCGCUCCAAGUUUAGAAUGUGGAACAGGACCAAGCGCAAUCUCGACGCCUCGGGUUACAAGAAGGUCGGAGAAGGUCCUUCAGAGUCCGAGGGGGAACAAAGUCUCGCCCUCCAAUGGUCCGUGCAUGCUCGCAAAUCCCUGAAGCGCCAUAUGUCACUGAAACACCUGGACAGGCACAGUCGGGACAGCAAAGCCAGCUUGUCGUGCCACGGUUUGCGACCCAAGGCCAAGACACUGCACGCCUUUGAACGCAACAUGUACUGCCUGAACAUCACCAAAUUGUACAUUGUUCUGGGCAUUGCCCUUAAUAUGGUGGAGGACGAUAUACAGCUGACGGACCUGCUACGCUUCAUAGACGAGGAGCACCUGACCAAGCGAUACAUGCUCACCUAUCUGCCCGAAAAUGUGGCCACUAGGGGAAAGGCGCUGCUCAACGAUAUGGAGUUUGGUAACCACAAGGACAAGUGUACCUACAGGCUUUUGCGUCUGAACAUAGCCUACAUGUCGCGGUACAUAAACCUAACUGAGUUCCAGAAACCGAAUCUGCACUCCCUGGCCGAGCGCUACAUCAUGGAACUGGGUCUUCCGCCUCGCCUAGUUAAGUACGUGGGCGAGCUGAUCGACCUGUAUCCGCCAAAGUUCGCCAACGCCACGGGUCCACACUCGUACCCGCAGUACGAGGCCAGGACAAUGGCCUACAUCCUGUACGCCAUGAAGCUGCUCUUCGGUUUGGAUGACAUCAAGGAGCAAAAGAUAUCCGAAUCGGCUGCAAAAAUCAACGAACAACUACUGGAAGCCGACGGAGCAGCAGCUCCUUUCCUUUUUGUUUUCACCGAGUGGAUGCAGUUCGUGGAUAUACGGAAAGUAAUUAUCUCACAUUACAACCAGAGCUUCGCGCGACGCUUUGGGGUUCCCACCCAGAUGGGCAGGCAGGUGGAUGACAUCCUGGUCAAGGAGCGGAAGGAAAAGGAGCUGGGCUACGAUGAAACCCUGGCAAAUCCAGCAAUGCAGCGUCAGCACGAAAACCUGACGCACAUCUUCGAAACAAUGCUAAGGGAUCACUUUGGCGAGUCGAUUCAGGAAAGUGUAGAUAAUGAUCGCAUUGAAUUCCAGCCCAGCCUGACUCCCGCUCACUCCUAUUUUAAGAGAAUCCUACUCCAAGCCUCGCGGCCCGAUGGUGAGAAAAUGAGCUUGAGGAUACCAGACAACAUGCACGUGGAUCACUCGCAGCGAGACCUUGAUCCCUUUGUUCUAGAAACUAAAGAGCUCUCGCAGUACUUGGCCCAGCGCGGUCUAAACCUGCGAGUGGAGGAGGUCGCCUGUCAAGAGAAGAUACAAAAAGUAGGCCUCUUCCGUCCACUGCAGCAUGUGCGAUGUGAGAAUCGGGAGUUCCGCGCCAACUGUGACAUUAAAACUGAGACGUGGAUUGGUGAACUAAAAAGGAAGGAAAAACGGCCGGACUUUCGAUUUGUUCAGCCCACUGGACAAUAUCAUCCUUAUUAUCUGAAAAAAUUACAAAAGCUCAAGGGAAAGCGUGAGAGACUGGAGAUAAAUAAUCCUUACUGGGAGAUAACCAAGGCGCCAAGCUUCCUACUCAAAAUGAACGAUAAUGACGUAUUACUAGACACUCUAAGCUCCCUGCAAACCUUCGAGGAGGGGAGCAUGGAUCCAUUGAACGUCCCUCUGGAUAAGCCACGUCAUCUGGAAAAGAAACUGGUUUCCAAAGAGCUAGAGAAGGAAUCAGACGAAAGAAUGGAAGAUUUAAAUGACGCGUCGUCCAAACAAGAGGAACUUUUGCUGCACGUGUCCAACUUUGAUUGCUGGCUUCUCCACGGCUAUAUGAGAAAGAUUCGGCAGUCGGACAAGAGGGAGCUGCGCCAGCUUUUCUCCUGCUCUUUUCGCUGGCUACUGGAAACCUGUGCCGCAACCAUUGGCGUGGAAUGGGACGUGCUCUACGAGCAGCUGCUUAUCCUAGAGGUGAUGUUUCACCACAGCAUUGCGGACUGGAGCAAGCACAAAGAAGUGCUGUGUAUUCAACACAAUACACAAGCGAAGGACUACCGAGAGCUGUCUAGGACGUACAAGGAGUUCUGGUAGAUCAUGUACAUUUCAUAGGAAUAAAAAUUAACAAUUUUAAAUAUUGAUUUUUUAGCAUACAUACAUCUAAGGUAAAUAUAAUAUCGACCAUACAUUUAUCUAAUAUUACACUUUCUGUAAUGCCUAAGAAUAUUGUUCUCGAAGAUGAAUGAGAGUUUUGUUAUUUAAUAAAUAGAUUCAAACCUA